AUGGCUUUGCUGGUUUGGGGCGUGAUUGCUCUCUCAGUGGUUCUAGUUAGGAUCGUCUACGCGCACUUCUUCUCUCCGCUAUCCCAUAUUCCCAGUGCUGGCAUCCUCGCUCCGGUUUCACGCUUACUAUGGGAGUUUCCCACGGAAUAUCGGGGACAGUUAACACUGAUCCUGCCAAAGCUGCACCGAAAGCUUGGUCCCCUAGUCCGCAUCGGGCCGAGUCAGGUAUCAUUCUAUGGGAUAGAUAUCUACAACAAAGUCCAUAAGCCAGGAAGCGCCUUCGCCAAGGAUCCCCGAGUGUAUAGCCAGUUUGUGCAAGAUGGCCAUCCCGCUUUAUUUUCAAUUACUGACCAUAAAGAGCACGCCCUGCGCCGCCGCCAUAUGGGCCUCCUUUUCAACAGGAGCAAAGUGCCUGCUUUGACUCCCAUGAUGUUGGAGGAAGUCUCCCGUUUCAACGAGCUAUGUCAGUCAUCGAGUACCGAAGGUGUCCCUAUCGAUGUGGUGCCCACCUGUCGUGCCUUGGAGGCUGAUAUUGUUUCGAGGUUUGCCUUUGGAAAUGCCAUUGGUGCAAUAGAAUCUUUGGCGAUUGCCGGCGAGGAGCUGCAGAUUGUUAAACAAAAUGACCUGCAGUCCUCCAAGAUGCCGAUGUAUACCAACUUUCCUUCUCUGGUCAGGGCUUACGCUCUAGUGUCGACUUUGCUAUUCAAGCUGACUGGCCGGGAACCAAUUUCGGCUGAGAGCCAGAAACGAUUUGAUUGGGCAAAUGACGCACUGAAAUCAACACUCGACACCGAAACCGCUUCCAGCAUGUCCUUCUUAAGAGUCAUGGCGGGGAGCAGAAUCCCUGAACAGUGCGCCUUAUCUGAGGCAAAAGAGAUGCUCGGACCAGGAACGGACACCACAUCUUCUACUCUCGCCCAUAUAUUGUGGGCACUAUCGUUAAACCCGUCUUUUCAGAAUAGGCUCGUUUCAGAUCUGGAAGCCGCGCAGUGGCCCACGGAAAUGACGGCUCUCGAGUCAAUUCUUACCCUGGUUGCUUGUGUCAAGGAGGGCAUUCGAUGGACAGGUGCAGCAGCAGCGAUGCUGCCGAGAAUUGUGCCCAAAGGUGGAGCUGUUCUUGGGGGUGUUCAAGUGCCGGAAGGUACUAUGAUCUCUAGCUCACCGAUCUGGUAUCUUCGGGAUGAGACCGCAUUCCCUGAUCCCGAACGGUAUCGGCCGGGAAGAUGGUUAGAGGGCGAUGAUAAUGAUCAGCUGUCUAUACUGCGGAAUGAGUACUAUGUUCCAUUUUCAAAAGGGGCCAGCGCUUGUGUUGGCAUUCACUUUGCAUACCUAGAGCUUUACCUGUCCGUCUCUCAAAUACUCAGAAAAUAUCACGUCCAACCGGCAGAUACUUCCAUGCUGAAUCAUGACUGCGAAGCCAUUCUACCCUCCCGCCGAGAAUGGGUGAGCGCGGUUCCUACUAGCCCUUUACAUGUAUAUCUUUCCGAGCGAAAUAUAAAAAGCUAG